AUGGACUUCGUCAACAAGUUCACCGGCGGAGACAAUUCCAACUCCAACAACCAGCAGCAAUCCAGCGGCAGCGGCGAGCAGAAGGAGGGCGGAGGCUUCCUCGGCGGCAUUACCAACAAGCUGAACUCAGCUGCCGGCGGCGGUAAAGAGAGCGAGAAGAACGAGGACUACUUGGACAAGGGCAUCGACUACGCCCAAGAGAAGUUCCUCGGCCAAGGUGCUCAGGACAACGAGUCGGCUGUUGAGCAGGCCAAGGACGAGCAGAUCUCCGACUUCAUUCGUGGACAGUACAAGAGCAUGACCGGGAAGGAUGUGCCCAUCAAAGACAAGCCGACCUCGCUCGAUAAGUCGGCCGACUAA